AUGCCCGGAUAUCCGAGAGAUCGGCUUUUUGCGAUGGCGUCGGGCGACGAGACAGGAGGCGACGAUGAUCCGUUCGCGGCGAACUACAACUGGCGUGCGCCCGACGACGACGACGAUGACGCAGCUGUCAACGCAGGGCUGACAUGUGACGAGUGCGCCAAGCGCGCCGCGCGGUAUCACUGCGACGACUGCCACCAAACGUUAUGCUUCAACUGCACCGAUGCCAUCCACUUGAUUCCUGCCUUGUCGACGCAUGCGAUUCGGCACGUGCGCGUCGGCGACGUCGGGUACGUGGCACCGACCCGCGACGAUUUGCCCAAGAUCGCCCGGCGGUUGCCGCCGCCGGCCAUCGCCAAGCUCGAGCCGCAUUGCUUCACGUUUGGUCAGCACGUGGUCUUUCGCGAUACCGACCUCGGGCGCGGGCUUCUCUUUGGUCUCGCGCUCACGCAGACACGCGACCAGCCGCGCAUGGGUCCUUGCAACGGGCAGUUUGUGCGUGUGCUCUGGCUGCGCGGCGUCGUGCCACUGCCCAACCAAUGCUACCUCGCGUCGCUCACGUUCCAUGGCCAGGCGUUCUGGCCAGUGCCGAUUUCGACGCAUGUGAGUCUCUACCACGCGUACCGCAUCGCCGUCCUUGCCGAGAAGACGGCGCGGAAGCUGUGGCGCCGGGAAAAGUACGCCGGUCGGCUCCGGCGUCUGCGCGACCAAAAGGCCUUUCCGACCGAGGCAGUGCUCGACGAGAUCCUCGCGCUUGUUGAUACCGACGCGGGCGGCGUGACGCUGCAGCACUUAGCCCACGAACGGUUCCUUGCCGCGCUCAUCAGCGGCACCAACCUCGACGGCGACGAGACCGAGACCGAGACGGACGCGCCAUACCCACCGGCGACGCGCGCACGCCUCGUCCUUUGCGCGGCAAGCUGCCUCGAGCGCCCCGCCGACGUUGCGAGACGGUACUUGGACAACGUCAUCCGACACAUGGUGGAUCUCUACGUUGGGUAUGCGUGGACGUCGUGGCGCUCGUUUGUUGCUGCAGGCCGGGAGCGAGACCGACAAGCGCGUCGGAACGCCACGGUGAUCGUGCUCCAGCGUUGGGUGCGCCGGCAAUGGCAGCGCCGCCGCGAAGAGCGGCUCAAGCAAUCUCGCUCCAGUGGGCUGAGCGCUCUCGAGGCGCUGCAGCGUUUCCAGAACAAGCAGGCGGCCGUCGGUAUGAUGGACGUCAUUUGGGCCAAGACGCUGCGGCGGCUGCGGCGCUACGGCGUUGCCACGUGGAAGAGAUGCAGUGACGAAAUCAAGGCAAGAAGUCCGAUGGCACCCAUCGAUGCGGCGUGGCACCCUGGGCUUGGCAUUCGGCUUCUCAAGUUACCGAAAGCGUAUGCGUCCAUGAAGAGCGACGGGAGCUUGGGCGUCGAAGACAUUGCCAAGUACAAGCAAUUUCGGCUCAACCACGCAGGCCCGACGUCCGUGUCGUUCUGGAUCGUCCGCGACCGUAUUUUGAUUGGCGAGUACCCCCACGGCGUCGCGUUCCCGGACAAGAAGCGCAAGGCGACCGAGCGCGUGGCGUCGCGCACGGACGCGCUCACGUGCAUUCUCCUCGAGCAGAUUGGCACGUUUGUGAGCUUGAUGGCGUUCGACGAGCUCCGGGCAUUCGAAGCGGGACUCGACCCGCCAGUGCUACCCGCAGCAACACCCGACGGGCCGUUUGGCUUCGAGACGCAGCUGCUGGAGCGGCACGCCAAGCUCAACGCAGAGCUCGAUCGCGCGGUGGUGGCUGCGCAAAAGUACGCGACAAGUGCUGCCAAGAGCCUGCAGCAGGCCGAGAGGGACCCGAGCACCGAGGAUUUUGUCCGGGAUUUGCUACUCAAGAAAAAGUCGGCCGCCGACGCCAACUUGAAUACGGCGUUGGCCAACAAAGCCCGACUGCAGCCGAUACGCAUUCUGCGGUGUCCACUGCCGCCGCACUCGGCCACGCCCGAGGCCGAGUUGCUUGAAAUCCUCAACCAACUCGAAACGUGUCUUCGAGAUGGUGAAAAUCUGUAUAUCUUUAGCCGCCAAGGACGGGGCCGCGCCGGCAUGGUCGCCGCGCUCCUCCUCGGCCGCCUCUAUGGCCUCUCGGCGCAGCAAGCGCUCGAGCGCACGCAACGUUGCCACGACGCGCAAAAAGCUGUCGCGGGACUCCCGUCGACGCGGCUCGUCUCGGCGCCCGAGUCGCUCGACCAAAUCCGGCUCGUGCACCAAGUGCUGUCGUCCACCGCGACCAUCUACGAACCGGUGGCGACGUACGACGGCGACGCGUACCUCGUGCUUCGGCGGCAGCGCCCCGGCCUCGCGAUCCAGUCGUUUAUCGCCGCGCAAGGGUUUAUGGUGGACGAAUUCCCAUCCGCGGCGCAGCGAGCGGCCGACCACGCGGCACUCCAAGCUGCAAACCGCAUCGCGCUCAAGGAGAAGCGCGCACUGCAGCUGCGCGUGCGACGCGCCAUGGAAGGCGUCGAGCGCCAAGCCAUGGGUCUCCAAGAGGACUACAGCCGGCACGAGCUGCCGAUCUGGACCGCGCGACUUGAAAUGACAGCUCAAGAGAUCGACUCGCGCCGCCGGUGGCAGAUCUGUUUGCAGCAUGCGGAGAGCGCCGGCAUGACCGCUGAAGACGUACGCAUCAAGUGGCCUCAAGACCACCCCCCGCCGCCACCUAAUCCCGUGGACCCGAGCACGGACGCCGUAGCAUAG